ACACACACGUUAGCUUGCCCGGCGCCGCUGAAACAACACAUCCAUCCACACGCCGCCUUGUAUGGUACAUGGACUGAGCCACGUUGGCGAAGUGGCUGUGUGUGAUCGGGCCAGCUCUGCCCUUCAUGCCUCGGCUUCCCCGCCGCUGACCGCCACCCUCAACUGGAGGAACGGGUCCAGUCGCCGGCAACGUUCGGCGCCGGAUCCACAAGUGAUUCAUUUCAAACACCUCCAGCGAGUAUAUAUCUUUUUUUGUGUGGCUGGUGUUGUUAUUUUGCCCGAGAGUGCCGCUGCCCACGGAAACAGCCCAGCCUUCGGGGAGUUGCUGGUCAGUGCAGCCGGACAGAUGCCUCGAUGUGCCCGCCCGAUGCAACUUUGCUGCCGAUGGCAGGUCACGGGCUAGUGAUCAUCUCCACUGCCUGACACCUCCCCGGGGCUCAACCAGUCGCCCUCGAUCCACUGCAAGGCAAGAUUCGGAGAUUUCUCCAACACCCCCCCCGCCCCCCUCCAACCCCCCCUCCCUCCCUCCUCUCUCCAUUGCCCACCCUGCCCCCAGAAUGGAAAGCCUAACAGAGCUGCAGAACCCUCUGCUGGAGAAAUCCCAGCAGGUUGGGGGUGACUACGGUUUACAGGAGGAUUACGACGGGGAACGGCGCUACAAGGAGAAGCUCCUGAGCUAUUUUGUCAGCAGUAACUCGGGCAAGAACAAGCCCAAAGGCAACUUCACCCGGCAACUGCUCGACGCCAGCUCCCUGCACCUGGCUGUGGAGGCCUUCUACCGGCCCAAUUUUAUUUUGUACAAAGACGAGACGAAAGAGAACGCAAAGGAUUACAGGAACGAGAGCUGCGAGACGACCUUCACUGAAAGGAAGAACUUGACUAUUGACUGCCCCGACCACUCGGAGUCGAAACUUGUGGAGUACACGGAGAACGACGUGACCAUUCAGACUGUCUCCUACGAGGUGGAGGAGGAGGAAUUUCACGACUGUGAGAGUGACUGCUCGAGUGACAGCGACAGCGAGGACAACUUUAUCAUGAUCCCUCCGCGUGACCACCUGGGCCUGGCCAUCUUCUCCAUGCUCUGCUGCUUCUGGCCCCUGGGCAUCGUAGCCUUCUACUUCUCACAGGGGACCAGCAAGGCCAUUGCCAAAGGGGACUACCAGCGGGCUACCUCGGCAUCGCGAAGGGCUCUCUUCCUGGCCGCCCUCUCCAUCACCAUCGGCACGGGCAUUUACGUUGGGGUGAUCGUGGCUCUCAUUGCUUACCUGUCCAAGCCGGGUCACGUAUAGCGUGGAACCGCCCACCCGCUCGGCGCGAUGAUCCUCGAGAGACUCUUCUUCACCCGUUUGAUUAUCUAAUGUCCACUGCCCCUGUCCAUUGAAGUAAAUUGUGUGUGUUAUCCA